CACUAUCUGCCAAGAUGUAACAGAUAUGGAGAUAGAGAAACCAACGGUUGAGGCGCCGGUCACUGGCAGGGCGUUGGGUAUUGUGUUGUUCACCCUGGCCCAAUUCACGUGGGUGUACCUGAUGCAGGGCAGUCGACAAAUGCAAGAAGAAGGUCCAGUUUGCAACACUGUAGGCCAACCGUGUGACAGCGUCCAGGUGACCUGCUGUUGGCCUGCCUAUUGUAACAUCUCAGGAGAAACAGGAUUGUUUGGACUCUGCCUGGAGGAAGAAAAUAAUUCUAAACUGCGUCCUUACUUCUCUAAAAUAGGAGAAAAGAUCAAGAAUAGCGUAGAAGCCUUUAACAACUUUGUCAAGUACUGUCGUUCUACAUAAACAUCUACUACUUUAAAAUAAUGUCAUUAAUUUCAAAUAUUGUGCUGUUUUAUUAUUGUAGUGUAUUAAUAAAUUAUUAUACAUUUAA